GUUUGGCUCCUGUCGGCUCCCGUACUCGGCUUGAUUGUUUUGGCAGUGUUCGCUAAAGACAGCUGGUGGGAAAACCCGUUGUGUGGCAUCAUGUCGGACAAAAGCGAGCUGAAGGCUGAGCUGGAAAGGAAGAAGCAACGUUUGGCACAAAUCAGAGAGGAGAAAAGAAGAAAGGAGGAGGAGCGCAAGAAAACAGCAGACCAGCAGAAAGAUGCCGUGGUUCACCAGGAGGACUCCGACCUGGAGAAAAAACGGCGUGAGACUGAGGCUUUCCUACAGAGUGUGGGUUUAGCCACAGAUGCUCCUGUUGUCCCUCCUCCCACGUCUCCCACUGCCAAAUCGGCGGGUACGCCAAGUGAGGCAGGGAGCCAGGACUCUGAUGGAGCCGUGGGACCCAGGACUCUGCACUGGGACUCUGACCCAUCCACUCUUCAGCUUCACUCUGAUUCUGAGCUGGGGUACUGGACAAUCUCUUCUCUCCUUUCCUGGCGUGGAACUCCAAAACUGGGAAUGGCCAAAAUCACGCAAGUGGACUUCCCACCCCGUGAAACGGUGUCCUACACCAAAGAGACCCAGACGCCGGUCAUGACUCAGACGAAAGAAGAGGAAGAAGAGGAGGAAGAAACUGCUCCACCUCAAGAAAUCACCCAGGCUCAAACGGAGAAGCCGGACCAGAAGGAGGAGGAGGAAGUACCCCCCCACGAAUUGACCGAGGAGGAGAAGCUGCAGAUCCUGCACUCGGAGGAGUUUGCGAAUUUCUUCGACCACAGCACCCGCAUUAUCGAGCGGGCGCUCUCCGAGCACGUGGACCUCUUCUUUGACUACAGCGGCCGUGACCUGGAGGAGAAGGAAGGUGAAAUUCAGGCUGGAGCGAAGCUUUCGCUCAACAGGCAGUUUGUGGACGAGCGCUGGUCCAAACAUCGGGUCGUCACCUGCCUCGACUGGUCUCCCCAGUAUCCUGAACUCCUGGUUGCUUCAUACAACAACAACGAGGAAGCUCCUCACGAGCCAGACGGCGUGGCCCUGGUGUGGAACAUGAAGUACAAGAAGGCCACGCCAGAAUACGUCUUCCACUGUCAGUCUGCAGUCAUGUCGGCCGCGUUUGCCAAGUUCCACCCGAACGUGGUGGUGGGGGGGACGUACUCGGGCCAGAUCGUCCUGUGGGACAACAGAAGCAACAAGAGGACCCCUGUUCAGAGGACACCACUGUCAGCAGCAGCACACACGCACCCGGUGUACUGCGUGAAUGUGGUGGGCACCCAGAACGCGCACAACCUGAUCAGCAUAUCCACGGAUGGAAAGAUCUGCUCGUGGAGUCUGGACAUGCUCUCCCAGCCGCAGGACAGCAUGGAGCUGGUGUUCAAGCAGUCCAAGGCUGUGGCCGUCACCUCCAUGUCCUUCCCUCUGGGGGACGUCAACAACUUUGUGGUGGGCAGCGAGGACGGCUCGGUCUACAUGUCGUGUCGUCAUGGAAGCAAAGCAGGCAUCAGCGAGAUGUUCGAGGGCCACCACGGCCCCAUCACGGGGAUCCACUGCCACACAGCUGCAGGGCCGCUGGAUUUCUCCCACCUGUUCGUCACGUCUUCCUUUGACUGGACCGUCAAGCUGUGGAGCACAAAGAACAACAAGCCGCUGUACUCGUUUGAAGAUAACUCGGACUAUGUGUACGACGUCAUGUGGUCGCCCACUCACCCCGCUCUGUUCGCCUGUGUGGACGGCGUCGGUCACCUGGACCUGUGGAACCUGAACAACGACACCGAGGUUCCCACCGCCAGUGUCACCGUCGACGGUAACCCGGCUCUGAACAGGGUCAGAUGGGCCAACUCGGGCAGAGAAAUCGCCGUGGGAGACUCUGAUGGACAAGUUCGUGUUUAUGAAGUCGGAGAGCAAAUUGCAGUUUCCGGACGAAACGACGAGUGGAACCGGUUUUGCCGCACGUUGGCGGAGAUCAAUGAGAACAGGGACGACGCGGAGGAGCUGGCAGCUCAGCGCCUGGCUGCCUGAGCCUUUCCACCGCGCACGCGACGUUUAAGGGACCAGUGGCGCGCUUCUCGAUAUCAACCCUGUUCUGAAAGAAGGAAAAAAUGGCAAGACGCUGGAAGAGAAGAGCAGAGGAUUGUUUGAUUUUUCUAUACCUUCUAAAGUUAGAAAGCUGGCCUUUUUCUCAGUUAGCUGGACUGCCAGCAGUCUUCCUAGGAUAACUCAAGCAGCAGGGCUCAUCGACCCCAGACACUAACAGCCAUAGUCACAGUCAUCCUGUCUUCUACCAGAUGCCUUAAAGUUUAUUUUUAAUUUUGACUGUACCCAUCUUUAUUCACGGCAUGAUGACGAGGGCCUUAAUUUUUCAGUUUUCCCAAGCCAAAUACGAGCUCUUAUCCGCAUGAAAAUCAGAGCUAUUCUCCAUUUUCACCAAAGUCGUAGUGAAGCAAUCACAUCUCUGCACGCCCAGGAAUGUAAACAUCUCACAGCUGUAGCAAAAUGUUCUCAUCUCGCUUCUUCAGACUCCGAUCACGCAAACAUCUGUUUGUAAAGGAGAGGAACGUUCGGUGUCUCUGGUUCGAUAUUGUUUUCUACUGUACCGGUCUUCACUCAAUCACCCGAGAGAGCUGGAAAUACCCACAAUACCUAAGAAUGAUCUUGUAUGCUGUAAGUGCUCAGUGAUUCCAUGUGUGUCACGUUCAUCAGGGGAUCUGAAUCGUGGUGUCAAAACUGGGAAUGUACUUUCACAAGUAGAAACCAACAGUUUGAAUGAUUUAUUUCAAUAAAAUACAAU